GUUCUGCUCAGAGCACCAGCGCAGAGCUCCUUCACAGCCUGCAGGGCUGCCUCUGCAGUUCAGGGGAAAUCCUCACACGGAAAUAACAGCUGCACGGGGGGGAAGUGGGACAAAAGGUUUUUAGAACAGAAGACAAGAAGAGGAGGCUGGCAAGGACAUCUCAUCCCUUGACCCCACCUGAUGAUCCCACGAUUCCCUGACACUGGUUCUUCUUGCAGCAGAGGUCGUGUGCCACAUUACGGCGGGGUCGUUUUUGACAUCUUCAGAUACCUUGGUGUAAACCCGCCCCGUCCGCCCCUGCCUCAACCCCCACAAUGGCUGGCUGUACCAGCCGCUGCAGGCAGGGGGUGCAAAAGCUAAUUCAGUCCCUGCAGAGACUGGUCUCAGGAACCCUCACUAAAGAUAAAGCAGAUGAUGAGCUUGAGAUGACCAUGGUGUGUCACAGGCCAGAGGGUCUCGAGCAACUGGAAGCCCAAACUAACUUCUCCAAGCAGGAGCUGCAGAUCCUCUAUCGCGGAUUUAAGAAUGAAUGUCCCAGUGGAGUCGUAAAUGAGGAGACCUUCAAGCACAUUUAUGCACAGUUUUUCCCUCAUGGAGAUGCAAGCAUGUACGCACAUUAUCUUUUCAACGCUUUUGACACAACAAACAAUGGAUCCAUCAAAUUUAAGGACUUUGUGGUGGGCUUAUCCAUUCUGCUGAGAGGAACCCUGAGGGAAAAGCUGGAGUGGACGUUUCAUCUUUAUGACAUCAACAGAGAUGGAUACAUAAACAGAGAGGAAAUGACGGAGAUUGUAAGAGCCAUUUACGACAUGAUGGGCAAGUACACCUACCCUGCUUUAAAGGGAGAUGUCCCACAGCAGCAUGUGGAUGCCUUUUUUCAGAAGAUGGAUAAGAACAAAGACGGAGUGGUGACUAUGGAAGAGUUUAUUAUUGCCUGCCAAGAGGAUGAAAACAUGAUGAGAUCCAUGCAGCUGUUUGAAAACGUGAUGUAGGACGGCUUGAAACGAAGAAGACAGGAGCAUGGCAAACCAGAGGGCUUUGUGUGUGUGUGGGCGUGUGUGUGUAUGUGUGUUGGGGUGCACAUGUGCCGUACAUCCAGUCUAUCCUCCUGUUUCUGCUCUCGCCAGCUGAGCUCUGGAUGCAGCCAGAGCUUCCUGUGAUGACACUAAUGAGGGGACUGGAGUGGAAUGCCCUCAGCCUUCCCGCUGCGUUUGGCCACACAGCAAAGUGAUUAAUGUGACAGGCGUUGAGCUCCGUCAAACAGAUUGGCCGUUUAUAGAUAAAGAUGCUCCGACAUUGAAAGGAUGCUUUGACCUUUGAAGAAACAUGCCUUCCAGAGGUGGACCUAUUUUUCAUUUUUUGCUAUGUGUUGUUUGCUUUUUUCUAUCCAGACUUACUUGCAUGUGUUUGAGGGGAAAAAAAAUGUCUUACUUCCUGAUACUUGUCAAAUUUUUCCUCAAAGGUUUGCCAUAAGUACAUCCGCAUUUAUUGACUCAUACAUCCAGUGGUUGGAAGGAUUUAAAAAUUUAAUUUGCAAGUCUCUGGAUUUAGUGAUGCUACUACAUUUGUGUUGACUUGGCUGCUGCUCAGACCUCUCUGUCUUUUGCUUGUUGUUGUUCUGUGAAACGCCUGCAUUAGAGAGUUCAAACGUUUAAGGUAGUAAAUUAUAUAGACCUUACAUGCUGUGUCAGUUGCCUGUCUUUUGUAUUUCAAAAGACUUCAUGUUGUCAAAAAAAAUCAAAUGUGUAUGACUUUUAAUUGAUAGCAUUUUUAUGAGGUCAAGUCAAAGCAAAGCAAAGAAAUAUAUGGAAUUUCCAGGUAUUACAUUAUUUAAGCAAUAGUUUGGGAUUUUCAAAGUUAAGUUGCGAUAAAAUAGUCAUGUGCUCUUAAUAUUUCAGCUGCUGAAGAUAACUCUUUUGACACUUUUGUCGAGUGAGUAGUAGCAUUUCCCCUGAGGCUAAAGCUAACGGCUAGUCCUAUAUCCUUCUACAUACUCCAGUUUUCAUAAAUGUCAUAGUGAGAAGUAUUUUAAUCCUUGUCGCAAUUAAACUGAUGCAAGAGUUAUUUACCAAAGAAACACAAGUAGCCUAGGUAGUGGUGUGUUGCCAGCAAUCCUCAUUAUUAAAGCACGUACUUAUGAAAAAACUUGGUUUUCUGGACAGAGCAUGAGCUUUAAACUGCCUGCAGUUUAACAACGAAUAGAAAUCUUUACAAAGGUCCUUUCUGCAUUUCUACUCUAAAUGACUGCAUACUUUCAGUUAAAUAUCCAUGUAAUGUAAGAAAGCAUUCACAACAAAUUACUAUAUCGUCUUUAGGAUUGAAGCAGAUUCACAAAUCUAUAUUUCAUGAAGAAUAUUAGAGUUUUAUCUACUAUGUGGAAGUUAGUUGGCAACUUUCUUUAAUAAUAAUCCAGGUUGGAGGGUGUUGGACCAAUUGACUUUUACUGCCUUAAAGAUUUGUAAAACCAAAAACAUCGAAAUAUUUUAUCCAAUCUCAAAAACUUCAUAGGCCAGGAGAACACAAUCUUACAAACCUUUAAACCUUUGUCAUGUUUGGACUGGGCUGCAUUUCCCAAGAAACAGAUUCUUAUUUAUAUAGGCAAAGGAGGAUGGACGCUGUACGGCACCAGUAAUCUUCCUUUCCGAAUCAUGUAUUGUCCAGUCAGAGUUUGGUAAAGCACCAUAAAAAGCAAAAAUAUUAUAGCAGUUUAAGUGAAAAAUAUUUGACUGAUUUCAAAACAGCCUUACUUUUUUAUAUUUACUCUGAGUGAAAACGCUGACAUGUUUGGCUCUCAGCAUGUGUUUCACAUACAUCAGUGUCACACUACCUCCUAGCUUAGUUUAAUGUAUUUUAAAAAACCAUCUAUUUAACUCUUAAUACUUACCCAAUAGAAAUAUGGCAAUGUUUAGAGGUUCAGACUAUAUCUGUCAGAUAAACCACCAUGAUGUUUUUGAGAUUGGAGUUAUUUAGGACGGCCCACUUUAGUCUUGGGCCGUUUUGGAGUAGCUAUUAGCUUCAGCCUCCUGGACCAUUUUACCCGAAUUUACACUGAUUAAAAGACUCCAGAAGAGGUAUCUUUUGCAGAUCAGAGGACAGAUUUUACCUUUAAAAUAACCUAACCUCAAAACAUCUGGGCUAUCCUCUGAUAUUAAUGCAGAGGCCAGCAUUUAGAUGGUAGUGGAUAGCUCAUUUUGCUAAGUAUAGAAGGGUGAAGGUUGUCAGAAGUCAGAUUUAAUGUCAGCUUUGAAAUGAUAUGUCCUGACAUAAUGAACACGUGACACUGACCAAAACAACGAUUUUACACCUAAAGUACAGACAGAACAGAAUUAUUGCUUUCUGUGAGUUUUUCAGUAUUUGAAAGAUAAUAGAAAACUCACAGGCCUACAGUAUUUUAAUCAAUGAAAUAUUAACCAUUUGCUUUUUAAAGUCAGUGGAGCGGUUCUUUAGAGUGUGCUUCAUCUGUGUGACAACCCCUCCCCCGCUGUACAGUAUCCUUUGUUGAAACAGUUGCUGUAUCAUAUUAACAGAAGAUUCAUUUAAAGCCAUAAAAUAAAUAUUUAAAUUAUU